GAUGGACAAAGUGUUUGUAUAUCGCUCAGGCUUGAGCAAAUGAGUUGACUACGCUCAAGCACAGAGCGAGCCACUGCAUCCAAAGCUGCGACUGUAAAGGAUUAAAGUUAGCUACGGAGCGACACGAACGAGCCGUAUGCGAUCGGCCGCCGGGCCGAGGGUUGACGAGCUUGGUCUUCCCUGUCUAACGCCAUAAUGAACAAUACUACCGACUUCUCGCGCUUGACCAAGCGGAUCGUGCAGCACUUCUGGGACCCUUUACCGCGCAACGAGGACCCCGCAGGCAUCAUAUUCUGCCUUGGGCGGCGAUAUGACCCUCGAUAUCUACAAGGCAGGCAGCUCAAGAGUACUAGCACAGGCAAUUCGCCCUCUGCGAAGUCGGAAUCUGAGGUGUCGCAACCGGACUCGGCGGUUGUGAUAACGGAUGCGAAUCAGAAGCGGGAAGAGUCCGCAGAGAAUGGGAAGGAUGAUUUGUCCAACAGCCAAAUGGACCUAUCGCGAGCUGAGGAAGAAGCGCUCGGCUGGCCAGCAGAGUUCAUGGACGACAUGGAAGCCCGAAUAUGGCUCACUUACCGCAACAACUUUCCGCCUAUAGCCAAGUCUAGCGAUCCUAGUGCUGGUUCUGCAAUGUCUUUCUCUACCAAGCUUCGAAACAUCGGCAACUCGGGUGGUUUCACAAGCGACGCAGGAUGGGGCUGUAUGAUACGUAGUGGGCAGACUCUGCUUGCAAACAGUUUAGCCACCCUCAAGCUCGGCCGGGACUGGCGGCGGGGACAGAAGGAGGAUGACUACAAGCACCUCAUUUCGCUCUUCGCGGAUACCCCAGAGGCACCUUUCAGCAUCCACAAAUUCGUGGAGCAUGGCGCGCAAGCUUGUGGCAAGCAUCCUGGCGAGUGGUUUGGGCCGAGUGCUACAGCUAGGAGCGUACAGGCGCUCACCGAGAAGUAUCGAGACGUCGGCUUGCGAGUCUACGCACGUCCCGACGACGGCGACGUCUACGUCGACUCACUCUUCGCUACCGCUGGCCAGAUGGACGCAAACGACGAGUUCCAGCCCACCUUGAUCGUUCUCGGCAUACGACUGGGCAUCGACCGCAUCACGCCCGUUUACCACGCCGCUCUCAAGGCAACACUCGAAAUGCCGCAAUCGGUCGGCAUCGCAGGCGGCAGACCGAGCAGCAGUCACUACUUCGUCGGCCAUCAAGGCGACAAUUUCUUCUACCUCGAUCCGCACACUACUAGACAAGCGAUACCGCAGAAUCCAUCAGCCGAGGAUCUUGCGUCGUGCCAUACGCGUCGAUUACGGCGGCUAAAGAUCGCGGAGAUGGAUCCCUCUAUGCUGCUUGGCUUUUUGAUCCACUCGAAGGAGGAAUUCGUCGAGUGGCGGAAGGCUGUUGACGAGAUUGGGGGAAAGGCCAUUAUCCAUGUGCACGAUAAGGAGCCCAAGUACGCCACGGGCAAUGAGCGACCGGAGGCGGUUGAUGAGGUCGAGACGUGGGAUGAGGCUACGGAGGAUGAUGCUGGCGAUGAGAAUUGACGACGGGUCUGAACGAAUUGCACGAGAUACUGAAGAUUCUUGUAAGCUGUCCGCGGAUGCAUAGCGUUGGAAUGAAUAGGCAUUACACGCCGUGAUUCGUAGUAGCUGGCUCUGCAUUGCACCAUCGCACCUUCUAUCGCACAUACCGUCCACCACAUGUUUCGACAUGGACACUGUUCUCAUCGAACCCUUGCUUGAGCCUGACAGCUUUGGAAUGUGCUGGUGUUUCGCUCUUUGAACGCGAA